ACUCUCUGCGUCAAAACUUUUUGUUUCUUGUUUUCACUAAAUCGCAGCUUUAAUUCGCAAGGACGGCGUUUUAUCGCGAGUCAGAGCGCCUGCGUCACGCUGGCCCUUUAAAAAGCGCGUCUACCGUAAAGCGCCGAAUACUCACGCGCGUGCGCGCUGCGUUGCCCGCGACCGGGCGGCGGGAGCGCUCGUUUGCGGGAGAUUACGGUAGUUUCGUGUUUAGUUGCGUGUAGCAGGCAUGGAGGCGAUACUGAACCGCAGAAAGGAGGAUCUGGAGGAUUAUUACGGGCUUCUCGGCUGCGAUGAACUCUCAACGACUGAACAGAUUGUCAAUGAGUUUAAAGUGAGAGCUCUGGCCUGCCAUCCAGACAAACACCCAGAGAACCCCAAAGCAGUGGAGGAGUUCCAGAAGCUACAGGAGGCGAAGGAGACUCUGACGGACGAGGAGAAGCGAAAGAGCUACGAUCUCUGGCUCAGAAGUCGGCUGGCUGUCCCGUUCAGCGAGUGGCGAGCGCUCAGCGACUCGGUGAAAACGUCGAUGCACUGGGCCACGAGGAGCAAGAAGGAGCCGAUGCUUGAGGCUCCAGAAGAGCCGGAUCCGGUGAGUCUGUCAGAGGAAGCGUCUGAAGCGGCUCCGCCGUCCGAUGAUCACCGGCCUCGCGGCUUUCGCUGGGCUGGUGAAGCUCCCUCGGGACUUCUACUGAAGUUCAGGAACUAUGAGAUAUAAAUGCACGCUUCUUUUCUUGGCUUUUGCGUGCACUCCGUACGAGAAGGAAGGAAGACGCGUCUGAGCGAUCGCUUGCCGCUGUGUGUAGCAUUGACUUGGUGUUUGUUUGUUUGAUAGAAAGUGUUCAGCAGCAACGCUUGCAAUGCCUUAAAUGUCCAAUCAGAAUGAUUUUUUUUGGUUGAGUAGCAGUAUUUAGCACAUUUGCACAAUAAUAAAGUUUAUUUUAAUGGAUAUAGUGCAUAAAUUAAUAAUGCAGUAAC